AUGCGAGAGGUAUUGCUUGGUGUUUUUGAUGGCUACAUGCCUCUGGAGAGGAAUAAACUUACUUCAGAAACGAAAAUAGGUGGUUCCCCGACAUAUCGACCUUCACUUUCUGAAUCUCAACUGAUGACAAUACGCGAGUGGACCACUUGUGGUGUAUGUGGGCGUCACAUGUUCCUCGUCCUCCAGGCCUUCAGCCCUUUGCCUCAAUCUUCUGCUGGACAUCACCGAAUGAUAUACGUGUUUUGUUGUAACUCUGAUGCAUGCUCUCGUCAGCCUUCAAGCAGUUGGUGCGCGUUCACUCUACAGGCGGAGAACAUGGAUGAAGAGGCGCUCGACGAUAUCCAGUCGGAGGAAGCUGCGCGCUCGGAUCCUGUUAUGGCAUCGGAGUUACCCCCCAGUACAUUUCCUCCGUGCUAUGUGGCUAUUGAUAGCGAACCAAGAAAAGAAAUUGUAGUCCCGACAGAUCUUGAAGCAGAGAUGAUCCGUGCAGCCCAAGAGAACGCUAAGAACCCGGAUAUAACCGAAAAUGACAUAAAGGAAUUGGAACAAACAAUUGAUCUAAAGGACAAACCUGCUGAUUACGAAUUUGAUAAAUUCCGGAGGAGGGUGGCGAGAGAGCCAAGUCAGGUUAUCCGUUAUUAUGAACGGUUCCCCACGGAAUCUUGUGGAGUUACCUUAGUGUCAGCAGUUGCGCCACCUCUCUUUAUGCGACCGAGUAGGGUUAAGGAAAUCAUCCGGAUACCACCGUGUAGAGAUUGUGGGGCCGCUCUAAUUCACGAACUGCAGAUAAUGCCAACUAGUGUGUACUAUCUUCGUGUUCGAGACUAUAUAGCUUCGGGGUCACCGUCGGGAGACGAAGGUGUCGAUUGGGGUACGGUAACGGUCUUCGUCUGUUCAAAGGAUUGCUCGAAAGACCGCUCUGGGUCAUCACUCCGAAAAGAAUUUGUUUUUGUCGAAAAAGCUCCCGAACAACAAGACGAACUCGAAAAUUUGGAGGGUCGAGUGGAUUUGCGCACCUUUAUGACAGGAAGGACGUAG